GCGUUUCAGGCUGUUGAAGCUUCUCGACGACAUUGGCAGCGUUGGCUCCGUAGGCCACAAGAGGAACAAAUAGCCCUUGACAUUUUAGUUAAACAAUUAGUGCAAAAUACUUAAAUUUAUGGUUAAACUGCUAGCUAUAAGUUCGUGACAAAUAAACUAGAAUUUUUUAAAAAACCAGUUUUUAUUUUUUUAUAUUCAGUUUAGAUCCGUAUAUUGGUAGAUGUUAAAAGAAAUAUGAAAAUUCAUGUAUUUCACAAAAAAAUAGCAAUGCAAAACAAAAAAUUGAUAAAUGGAAUUUAGUUCAACUUUGAUUCUGUCUCCAGAAAAUCAUAACAAAGUCUCUUAUCCACACAAAAUUUAAAAGUUUACAAGAUCAAAAGCGAAAACAGAAUAAUGAUGUUGUUUAAAAAGGAGAAAUUAAAAUUCCAUUAAAUACACCAACUAAAUUUUAAUUGGAAAUUAUAGCCUACUCCUCGUAUUUAUAAUGUAAAUUUUAGUGAUUGACAUUUUUCUAAGAUCACAUUAAUUAUCAUUCGUCCUAUUCUCUCCCUACCCCCAAAGAAAGAAAGAAAGCAAAUGGCUGAUAGCUUUCCGGAGAUAGUGACCGGACAAACUGAUCCUCCUCCUCCUCCUUUGCGGCUAAGGACUAGUAGUCAACCAAAGUCGUUAUGUGUUUGUCAUGAGAAACUCACUAAAUCGCCCAUUAGUGCCUUUUGUCUCGGCUACAUGACCAGCGCGCUCUUUUUCACCGCCUUCUUCUCUAUCAUCAUGUUCUUCCCCACCAGAGUUCUUCAAUGCAACGUCACUUUCUUCGUGGAAUCUAUCUCCGUUUCUCCCUCUUCCUCCGCCGCCACGUGGCACGUCGAUUUUCUCGUGAGCCACCCAAGCUCGAGGUGCCUUGUCUACUACGACGCGGAUGGCGUGUACGCCAAACUAGGAGGGGUUUCAAACGCCGCCGUUCUGGAGACAUCGAACACGCGUCGUUCACGUGGCCACACGAGUUUCUCGGUCGAUUUAGCUACGGAGGGUAAUCAAACUGACACUCCUAGGAUUUUGGAUUUGGAGUUGAAACUUAGUGCGACGAAGAAACAGCUUUUCGUGGAAGGAGAUGAUUAUGGACAUUUAUAUAUCACGUGUCAGAAUCUCGUUCUCGGUUAUGAGAAGAUUAAAUGCCAUUCGUCUUUCAAAAAGUUGUUGAAGCUUAAGGAACUUAACUCACCUUUCUGAGUAUCUCUCUAUUUUGCUCAAGUUAUUGAAAUAUUCUGAGGCAUCAAGCAGUGUUUAUCUUUUAAGUUUUUUUUUGUAAAAAUUAUUAUUUUUUAUUUUUCUAUUAUUUUAUAGUAAUUGAUCUUUAGCAAAACAGGUUAGAGAUUCGUGCUUCAUUUAAUGAAAAGAAAACGAAACUAGCAAAAAAAUAAACGAUUGAGAAUGAUGAGGAAGAAACGAAAUUUGCACAAAGGUCAGUAACAUUAAAUCUAGAGAUGGAGAGUAUCAUUUAGUUGAGAUAUUGCAUUAAAAUCCAACUAGGUAAGACAAAAUUAGUGAAAAACUAGUUUUUUCGAACUAUGGGGUCUGUAUGCUAAAAUAGGCUGGAGGCUCAUCAAAUUUCCAGACUCACUGGUUGCUAAAGUCCUGCUAGGUAAAUAUGCUAAAGCCUCAACGUUCAUGGAUUGUGAUACCCCGGCUACAGCUUCCCAUGGUUGGAGGAGCAUCUUAGCAGGACGGGAGAUUCUGCGGAAAGGACUUCGAUGGGUGGUAGGAAAUGGAGACAACAUCAACGUUUGGGGGGCACCAUGGCUGUCCUCCUCUCAGCCGUUAGCACCUAUGGGACCACCAACAGAGAACUCUGCAGCUAUGAAAGUGAGCGAGCUUCUAUGCCCGCUGACAAACAAAUGGGACUUUCAGAAGAUAAGGAACCUUCUACCUCAGUAUGAGGGCUUGAUAAAGAAGAUCGUCACAAGUUACGCACCAACGGAGGACUCUCUUGCUUGGCUUGCAGAGAAGUCAGGCGAGUACACGGUCAAGACGGGCUAUGGGUGUGAAAGAGUCGGUCUAUUUCCACAACAAAGGGAACUUCCUUUUGAUUGGCUAAAGAACAUCUGGAACUUGAAAACCUCCCCGAAAGUAAAGGAUUUUCUCUGGAAAGUGAUGAAGAAGGCUAUUCCAGUUAGUUCAAACUUAGCCUCAAGGGGAGUUGCUCCCUUUCCGUGCGCUAGAUGUGGGGGAAUCGAGGACGAUCUCCAUGUUCUUCUUCUCUGCCCCUUUGCGUCACAAGCUUGGCGCCUACUACCAGUAAAGGAAACUCCUUCGAGGUCCCUUCUUACCAUCUCGGAGUUACUUGUGAACGGACAGAGGUGUAUAAAUUUACCUCCGGUGGGGUGUGAUACCCCUCUCUGGCCUUGGUUCUUGUGGAAUUUGUGGAAAGCCCGAAAUAAAUUAUGUUUUGAGAACAGGUCUUUCUCAGAAUGGGAAGUCGUCAAUAAGAGUAUCGCGGAUGCAAAGGAGUGGUCUGCUGCUCAACGACUAUCUGACGAAUCGACCAGCCCGGUGAAUCGAACCUCUCCUCCAUCUACCAUUCCCCGACCAUCUCCAGGUCAAGUAGUGUGCAACGUAGACGCUGCAUGGGAUAGCCGUACGGAGAACUGUGGUGUGGGGGUUUUUUCUCUGGCUUGGAAGAUACUAUGUUGCCCCCUUUCAAGGAUUCUCGAUCCUCUGUAACUUCAGCUCUCAUGGGAGAAGCUCUUGCUGUGCGUCUUGCGGUUAUGACCGCGUCCUCAUCAAAUGUCCGAUCGCUGGUAGUUCUAUCUGAUUCCCAGGUCCUCAUCAACAUGAUCAGAGCCAAGGAAUCUCGUCCGAAACUGUUUGGCAUCUUGUUUGACGUCUAUCACUUUAGUUCAUCUUUUCAAUGUAUUUCCUUUCACUUUAUUCCUCGCUCUUGUAAUGAUGCUGCUGAUGAAUUGGCUAAAUCAGCUCUGGCAUCUCUAAACUUUUCCUCCAUUGUUGGAGGGUGACUCUGUUCCUAGAUUUUAUUAUGAAUGAAUCGUAGUUUGCCCAAAAAAAAAAGAAGGUCAUCUUAUAUGAUAAGUUACGACUCAAAUACAAAAAAAAAAAUAUAUAGAAUAACAUAAAGCCAAUAACUUGUAGAUA